CCGGGAAACCCCGUUUGACCGCCAUUUUGUAAGACAUCCCGGAAGUUGUAUACAUAAGGUGAACUUAUAAACAAGUCUAGCUAGCAAACUACCUCAGAUAGCUAGCGUAAUUCUGUUGCAGAGUGUGAAGAAUAAUAACAAUAUUUUUGUUUAUAGUUUGUGUAUUUGGUGUUUAAUAAUUACAGCUAAGAAAACGUAGAUUUACCGGACUUUGAAGAGCCUAAGUGAAGAGGAAACGAUAACUAGUUACAUAGCUAGCAUUAUUUGUCUUGUAUGUUGCUAGCGAGCUAGUUCGCACCAAUACCGCAUCGCGACGAUUUCUACAGACACAACAGCAAGCGUGCAGGUCUCCAAUGGCAGACGACUUUGAUAUCGAGGCGAUGCUUGAAGCGCCUUACAGGAAGACUUGCCUAAUGAUAUCUCAUCUCUACUUCCCUGAAUACACCUUUGAUUCCAGUGUGAAGUGUGAAAAAAGGUGACAGCAAAUCCUAUAGUGCAAACGGCUAUGAAGAGCACAGCAGGAAGAAAAGGCACAGUCGGAGUCGCAGCCCAAGUGCAGAACGCCGCAGGAGUAGGAGCAGAGAGCGCAAGAAGGGCAGAGACAAGCGUAAGAGCCGCAGCCGGGAGAAGAAGAGAUCGCGUAGCAAAGAGCGCCGUUCUCGAAGUCAUGAACGGCAUGGACGUUAUCGAGGUCACAGAAGCCCCCACCGCAAACGCUCUCGAAGCAAGAGCCCGUUUAAGAAAGAGAAGAGUCCAGUCAGGAAACCUAUUGAUAAUCUUAGUGCAGAGGAGAGAGAUGCCCGCACAGUAUUCUGCAUGCAGCUGGCUGCCAGAAUCAGACCCAGAGACCUAGAGGAGUUCUUCUCUGCUGUGGGCAAAGUGCGUGAUGUGAGGAUGAUUUCAGACAGAAACUCUCGCAGAUCUAAGGGUAUUGCAUAUGUUGAGUUUGUGGAGGCCACCUCUGUGCCCCUGGCUAUUGGACUGACAGGACAGAGGCUGCUGGGAGUGCCAAUCAUUGUUCAGGCCUCGCAGGCCGAGAAAAACAGAGCAGCAGCGGCAGCAGCAGCCCUUAACCUGCAGAAAGGCAGCGCGGGGCCAAUGCGGCUCUAUGUGGGCUCCCUGCACUUCAACAUCACAGAGGAAAUGCUCAGAGGCAUAUUCGAGCCCUUUGGGAGGAUUGAAAGCAUCCAGUUGAUCAUGGACAGCGAGACAGGCAGGUCAAAAGGUUACGGCUUUAUAUCGUUUGCAGAUGCUGAAUGUGCAAAGAGGGCCUUAGAGCAGCUGAACGGAUUUGAGCUGGCUGGCCGGCCCAUGAAGGUGGGUCAUGUGACAGAGCGCUCAGACGGCUCAUCAGCCAGUUCCUUCUUGGACAACGAUGAGCUAGAGAGAACCGGCAUCGACUUGGGUACCACGGGCCGCUUGCAGCUGAUGGCUCGACUUGCAGAAGGUACAGGGCUACAGAUUCCUGCAGCUGCAAAGCAGGCUCUGCAGAUGAGCGGAUCCAUGCCAUUUGGUAACCUUCCUGGAGUGAUCCCUGCACCAAGCAUGAACCAGGCCAUGAACCUCCCCACCCAGCCCCUGGCCACUCACUGCCUACAGCUCUCCAACAUGUUCAGCCCACAGUCAGAAAACGAGCCUGGCUGGGAUAUAGAGAUUCAGGAUGAUGUCAUUGAAGAGUGCAAUAAACAUGGAGGUGUUGUUCACAUAUAUGUAGACAAGAAUUCUCCCCAAGGUAAUGUGUAUGUGAAGUGUCCGUCUAUCCCGGCCGCCAUGGCUGCCGUCAGUGCCCUACAUGGACGCUGGUUUGCAGGCAAAAUGAUCACCGCUGCCUACGUGCCCCUCCCAACCUACCACAACCUGUUCCCUGACUCAGUCACAGCCAUCCAGCUGCUGAGACCCACACGCCGGUGAUCCACACUCCUGCUGCCCAGUCCAAUUCUUCUGACUCUCUCUGUGUCUCUGCAUAUCCCAGAGAUGCAGACGUCACCCUGCCCUUUUAAGGACAGCUGCUGUCUGUCCCUGGAGGUCCAUAGCACAUUGUAGAUCUCAGACACACAGUUGCCUGAGGGUGUAGAUGAAAGCUGGCUGGUCUAGGUUAGCCAAAAAAAAAAAAAAAAAAAGGGCCCCGGGCAGUCAUCCUGGAUGUACAGUUGUCUGGGAUCACUUUGUUUUUAGCUUUUUGUAAUCACACUUUCAUUUUGUAAAGAACUCUGCAAUUAAAAUGGCUUUGAAAAUAA